AUGUUUCUAUUCGGUGGUUAUCAUUAUGGUUUCAAUUCAUUAAUACAUAUCUAUAAAUCAAGAGGUUUAUUCAGUUACAAUUGUACACAAUCUGAUCAUUGUAUGUUUCAUGAUUAUUGGUAUGGUAUUAGUUUUCAUAUAUGGUUAGUUAGUGAAAUGUGUUUAUUAAUAUUCACCGGUUUGUUUAUGGAUCAUAUUGGUUUACGUGCUUUAAAAUUUGUCUCUACAUUAAUCUAUGCUAUUGGAACAAUAUUAUUCGCUAUUACAACAGGUAGUACACCGAUAUUAUUUAUUCUAGCUGGUAUACUUGUUGAUUUAGGUUGUAUAUCUAAUCUAAUGUGUAAUCAACAAAUCUCUUUAAUGUUUCCAUAUUUACGUGGUCUAUGUAUUGCUCUAUUAUCUGGUGCUUUCGAUUCGAGUACAGUAAUAUCAUAUAUUAUUUCAAUUAUUCAUCCAUAUAUAUCAUUAUAUUGGUCAUUAAUAUGUUUAGCUAUCGGUUCAUUAUCUAUGGGAUUAUUUUUAGCUCUGUUUAUUAUGACAACUAAAAGUGUUGAUAUGUUGAAAUAUGCGGUUAUAUCAAGAGAUAGUCAAAUGAUAAUUCAAUCAAGGGUAAGUUAA